AUGGAUAAACGUACGAGCAUGAAAAUUGGAUUACUCUGCGUGCUGCUUGGAGCAUGCUCGGCGGUGAAAAUCAUCAACCUGAAAGUCCCAUCCACCUACCUGCUGGAUCAAACGUCCAAAACGCCCGACCCGCUAAUACUCGACUGCGAGUACGAGGUGGACGAAAGUGAGAAAGGAUUCGUGCUGAAAUGGCUCCUGGACGGACAGCCGGUCUAUCAGUGGAUACCGUCAAAAAAUCCUUUCCCCUUCCAAUCGUUUAAGAACCGGGUCGAUACCAGCUACGUCGUGUCGCAGGAGCAUCUGCACAAGCAUCGAGCGAUGGCGAUCAUCAAACCGCUGGCCAACUUUACCGGCGAGUACAUGUGCAUCGUGCAGACGUACGCGUCGAUUGAUAGGAAAUCGGCCAAGCUGAAAAUUAUCGUUCGGGAGAGUAAAUUCGACCUAAGCUACUACCUGAACGGCGAUGGGUACAUCACGGUUGAUUGCCACGCACGGGACAUUUCCCCGCUACCAGAGCUCCAGAUACGCAUCAACUACGAGCUAUUCGAGACGGAAAACCUUAAAUCCGUCCAGGGUGAGAAUGGUCUGUACAACGUGUCUAUCAGCGGCCGGAUACGAAAGGAUCAGCUCGAAUCGCCGGCCAUGAUCGAGUGUCUACUCUCGAUACCGGAGACGAACUAUAACAAACGCCGCUCGACGACAUACUACGCGCGCAAAACUAAAUCUAACAAUAAACCGCUUCCAGAAUCGCAUCUAAAAACCACUACCACUACGGUGGCGACCACGACGACGGUCGAAAUGCUGCAAGCGGCACCGGAAAACCUACAGAAGAAGGGCUUUAACGCGACCGAUUCGAAUGGCGCUAGCAGCAGUCUUCCGGUGCCGCUACGAACGACCACAAGCGUGCUGGCGACCGUCGUGACGAUUUUACUCAUCUUCACCACAACGCUCUUGUAG